CAGUUUUGAAAUCACAAUGGGAAGCGGAACAACAACACCAAAUGGUCCAUCUAGACGUGGUUCGAUUGAAAGAGAAAGAGAGGUUGAGAAAGAGCCAACCAACCUAAAGAUCUAUUGUAUUGUUAAUGGAGAAGCAACGUCUUUUCCUGUAAAUAUUCUUUCCAAUCUUUCGGUCGGUGAACUCAAGCAAGCCAUCUAUCUCACUCUCAAGCUCAUCCCCGGCGGCACAACGAAGAAAGGAUUGGAAACAUUAUCCGAAGAAUCGCUUGUAGUGCUCGAUGAACUUGAAGAACUCAGCACUUAUUUUCCAAAAGGUGCAGCAAAAGGUCGCAUUCACAUCAUUGUCAAGCUGCCGCCGCCAGAGACAUCGGGACAGAUUCUCAAGAGAAAAAUGGACGAAGAUCCACAGUAUAUUUCACCUUCAAAGAAGAUACGCAUUGAGGAAGGGUGGAGAGAAUACAGGGCUUCUGAUGGCAAAAUGGUCACGUUACCACCCUCUUGGAUCGCAAUGCUAGAGGAUUCUAGAUACCUUCCAAAACCACGUAAUGAGUUUGAACAUCUCAAAGACGAUCUGAAGGCUGGUAGUUGGGUCGAUAUACCAUCCCUGGGUCAAGUCCCAAAGGGUUAUAGAGUCUCUGAAAUUCUCGUCACGCACCAAAUGCUGGAGCUUUGGAACGAGAUGGAAGAAGAACAAAGAUGCGGGUACUUUGGAUACUAGUGAGAAAGCGGACUCAUAUAUGGAAGUGAUCGAGCGUUUCCUUGUGAUGAACAAGGAUGUUUUAAC